AUGGCUGCGCAAAUCACUCCUUCGAAGCAGGCUGCUUCCGCCAUUGAGAACUUCAACAUGGAGUCUCCCGUCAAGAAGCUCAACUUUGGCGCUGCCAAUAAGGAGAACGAGCCUUUGAACAAGUCCCUCGAUACCACCGACCUCAAGACAAAGAUUGUCGAAGAGCCAAAGAAGGAGGAGACCAAGCUCGCUGUUGCCCCUGGCAUCAAGUCUGAGGAGGCCGAUGAGCCUCUACUUCAGGAGAACCCCCAGCGUUUUGUUCUCUUUCCCAUCAAGUACCAUGAGAUUUGGCAAAUGUACAAGAAGGCUGAGGCUUCCUUCUGGACUGCUGAGGAGAUUGACCUCUCUAAGGAUCUCCACGACUGGAACAACCGCCUGACUGCCGAUGAGCAGUUCUUCGUCUCUCACAUCCUUGCUUUCUUCGCUGCCUCUGAUGGUAUUGUCAACGAGAACCUCGUCGAGCGAUUCAGUGGCGAGGUCCAGAUCCCCGAGGCUCGUUGUUUCUACGGCUUCCAGAUCAUGAUGGAGAACAUUCACUCCGAGACCUACUCCCUCCUCAUCGACACCUAUAUCAAGGAGCCCGCCCAGCGAACCUACCUUUUCAACGCCAUUGAGACCAUUCCCUGCAUCCGAAAGAAGGCUGACUGGGCCAUCCGAUGGAUCCAAGAUAAGGACUCUUCCUUUGCCCAACGCCUCGUUGCUUUCGCUGCCGUUGAGGGUAUCUUCUUCAGUGGUGCCUUCGCCUCCAUUUUCUGGCUCAAGAAGCGUGGUCUCAUGCCUGGUCUGACCUUCUCUAACGAGCUCAUCUCUCGUGACGAGGGUCUUCACACUGACUUUGCCUGCCUCCUCCACUCUCACCUAAAGGGCCGUGCCAGCAAGCAGAUGAUUCAAGAUAUCAUCACUGAUGCCGUCACCAUUGAACAGGAGUUCCUCACUGAGGCUCUUCCCUGUGCCCUUCUCGGCAUGAACUCUGACCUCAUGAAGCAGUACAUUGAGUUCGUCGCUGAUCGUCUCCUUGUCGCUCUUGGCAACGAGAAGGUCUACAAGGCCACCAACCCCUUCGACUUCAUGGAAAACAUCUCCCUUGGCGGCAAGACCAACUUCUUCGAGAAGCGUGUUGCCGACUACCAAAAGGCCGGUGUCCUCCACAGUGCCACUAAGAAGACUGAUGAGGACGAGUCCCCCAAGGGUGAGAACGGCGGCGACUUCACCUUUGACGAGGACUUCUGA